CAACAGAUGGCGGAACAGUAGCCAGAUUGGUCAAGUGGCAGAUAUUAUCAGUGCCCCCUCGAGAAAGCAGCAAAUUCACUUGAUUUCCUCCGCCAGAAAGGACUUACAGAGCUGCAGGAAGGUUUACUGAAAACCAUAAGCCAUGGGUGAGCCGUGUGGAUUAUCCAACUCGGAAGCUAAAGAGCUGUGUCAGGCACCUGAUCCGGCAACCAAGGACUUCCUCUUCCAACAAACCAUGUACAGGAUCAGGGACCCAAAGGUGACAUUGCCAUUUUAUACAGGAGUUCUUGGAAUGACACUCCUGACCAAGUUGGACUUUCCGGAGAUGAAAUUCACCCUCUAUUUCCUUGGGUAUGAAAACCCUUCAGAAGUGCCUACAAAUGCCAGUGAACGCAAUCGCUGGGCUCUCAGUCGAAAAGCCACGCUGGAGCUCACUCACAAUUGGGGCACGGAAACUGAUCCAGAUCAAAAGUACCACAACGGCAAUUCUGAUCCACGAGGAUAUGGGCAUAUUGGAGUUCUGGUGCCCGAUGUCUAUGAAGCUUGUGCCAGAUUUGAGCGCCUGGGCGUGGAGUUUGUCAAGAAGCCUGAUGAUGGGAAAAUGAAGGGAUUGGCAUUCAUCAAGGAUCCAGAUGGAUAUUGGAUUGAGAUCUUCAAUCCUCACAAGAUGCCUGCAAUAUAAACCCACUUUUCUGUAUUUCUUCAUUUUUCUUUUCUAUUCAGAGAACAAAUUGCAUGGAAUUUGUAUUUUCAAUAAAAAUAUUCUUGCUGGGA